CAGACACUCAAACAGUAGAUAGAAUAAUGCACAAACUAUACGGAAUGUUCAUAUAUACUUUGUCUUUCGAAUUUAAUAAAAAAUUAGUAAAAACAUGGAUGAAAAACUAGUUAAAUUUAGUUAGUAUUAGAGCAUUAUCAUUUUUUUUUAAUUGAAUAUAUACAGGGUGAUUUUAGAACGAUUUUAGUAAUUUAGUGCUAUAGUGUGAUUUGAUGAAGUGGUUCAUUUUACUAGUUUUUGAAUUAUGAGUGGCUACAGAUCAUAUAGUCCAUGGAAUAUCAAAACAACUUCUGGUACGAAUUAUUCUGGUAAAAACGAAAUCGCCGUUGGUAUUCCCAAGUAUGACUCAUCGUUGGGUAGAGCCAGAUCUGAUACCAAAAAAACCGAAGAUGAAAAAAGUAGAAUCGGUUCCAGGUAUAAUUCUUUCUCUACCGGAUACCGGGACAACAUACCAUCUACAGGUUAUUCGGGAACCACAAGAGCGAAACCUUUAUUGGAUAAAAAAGAUUCCAGUCAUCCUCCAAUAACCUACAGACCAAUAACAAGAACCGGUUCCCGAUCACGCGAUCCAAGUCCAGUAGAAAAAUCUGAAAAAAGCUCAACAUCUUCAUCGGGAUAUAAUUAUAAUAAAUUAUAUUCUAAACCGAUACAGAGAUCUGUAAGUAGAGAACGUACUGAAUCAAUUGGUUCGACAUCUAUAAUACCAAAAUUUGUCGGAAGAACAUCUUUAACUAAAGAAGAAUCGCCCAGAUAUGCGGGAAGAACGUCUGUUAAUAAAGAAGACGUAUCUAAAUAUUCCGGACGAUCUUCUUUAUCUAAAGAAGAACCAAUUUCUUCUUCUAGAUAUAAAAUAGGAGAUAGAACGUCCCCAAGAGAAGAUCUGUCUUCUUCUGGUUCACAAAAAUAUAUAAACAGUAGAUUCCUACCAAAAAAUAGCGUCGAAAAAAGUUAUACGGCAUAUUCUAGACCUUCUACAACAAGAACAAACGAAUCUAGUAGAAAAAAUAGAGAAUUACUCAACGUAUUACAUAUACAACAAGAACAAGAAAGACUCAGUAGAUCUCCUAGUAGAUGUUCUUCACUAACAACAGAAGAUAUUUCACCAAAAAAAGAUAUUAAAAAAGAAAUCGAAAUGGUAACGAUAACAGUUAUUACCAGAUCAACUUCCCCAACACAAAUGUCUCAACCUAAUAAUUUUUUACGUAGUAGAAGAUUGGAAAUUGCUAAAACAGUUGAAAAACAAAUAACUCGACCUAAAAAACCGAUUCAUACCAUGGUCGAUAAAGAAAUACAAUCAGAUCGAUUGGACGAUUCAACGAAAAUGUCAAGAUUCGUUGGAGCUUCCCGUAUAUCUUCAACACCUUGGUCUUCAUUUUUAGAUAUGAAAUUUUCCAGUCCAAAUUCGAAACCGAAAAAUUCUACUAACGAUUGUGAAAGUCCGAAAAGUUUAUCAAGAGAAAGUUCUUCGAAAAGCAUCCAACAUUCCUGCGUCAAACACGACAAAUCCAAAGAAAGUAAAUCGUCAAAGUCUAAAUUGCCUUUCAAACAAAAACAGCUACCACCUCAAAUACCGAAAAGUGAAAACUCUUCUAAAACGAAUUCUUUACAUUCCUCCAAUCCAGCGAAUAAAGAUUUCAGAAAAUCGGUUUUAAAUAUGAAUCCCGAAGGAAGAUCCAAUAAGAAAAUCGGCAGACGUAGUCAUUCCGCAAGUUCAGCAGAUUCCGACGUUGCCGAUCCCGACGCAACCGACGUGUCCGAAAAUCUAGCAACUUGCAAAUCGUAUCAUUCAAAAAUAUCCGAAGGAAAAUCGAAUCGGAGAUCUCCAAGUUCGGAAGCGAGCGUUAGCGCUACUACCAGUGGUAGCGAAGAAGAUAUAAAAAGCAAAAAGGAUAAUAAGAAAUUAAGAAGUGGAGGAUCUUCAAGAACGUCCGUUAACGUCUCUUCAGCCGAUGAAUUAUCUUCCGAUAAAUCCCCAAAACCUCCUCAAAGUCCUCGUAUUAAAGAUACGAAAAAUGAAGCUGAAGCUAAAUCUUUCCUAAUGAGAGCUCUAGCUCCAGUUACUAGUUUAUUUAAAACAAAACAAACAGGAUCACCGGAAAAAAUUGUCUGUCCAGUAGAAGAAGAUAAUAACGAAAACCAAAUAAAUACAAAUGUCACUAAAUUACCAGCGAAAAUAAUUAUCCAUAGAGUAGAAUCUGGAGAAUUACCUUGGUGGUUACAAGAAACUAACGAAGCGACUAAAUCCGAACAAAAACAAUCAGAAGAGUCUAAUAAUACAAAAAAAUUAAUUUCUAUUGAACACGUCGAAUCCGGUGAGCUUCCUUGGUGGUUGGACGAAAACGGUGAGAUACCAGAAGGUAUUGAAACUUACCCCAAUUGGGUACAAGAAGACGGUACCACUCAAGACGGUAGAGUCAUUUAUAAAAAAAGAAACAACGAAUCCGACGAGAGUUCUUGGUGGCUUACCAGUACCGAAAAAACGGAUUCCAACAAAAAUAAUCCCUUGGAUAGCGAGUAUUUAGAUCAACAUAAAUUGAGACAUAUAGAUUCGGGUGAACGCGCUUGGUGGUUGAACAGUUCGGAAAACGUUUCCGAAUUGGUAGAAGGAGUCCAAAAAGAUGAAUCGAAAUAUGCAGUUCGUCAUCGAGAUACCGAAGAAACGCCGUGGUGGUUGGACGAUCAAGAUCAAAGUAACGAACCUCCUUUGGGCGAUAGAGCGAGUCCGGAAGGACUAGAGAUGCCGAAGGAUUCGGAAGGACGGCAAAGUCCUUACGAUAACGUACCUGGUAGUUACACUAAAAUCGAAAUUCCUCGACUGUUUAUUUCAAAACAUACUAAUAUCGAUGAAGUACUAGGAGGUAGUACGCAAGUUUGGAACCCUUAUUUGGAUAAAAUAUAUGGAUAUGGGAAUGAUGCGGAAACGACACGUGCUGAGGGUUGUUUCCUAGGGAAACAGACCGUGGGAAAUGUCCAAACCGGUAAAAUAGAAUAUGAACAAUCCCAACAAGUUAAGUUGGAUGAUGCGGCACUUCAGUUGUACAAAGAUGGCGAUUAUGGAUCUUAUCUUGACCUCGAGGCCUCUAUCAGCGAACAACAAGAAGAAUUUGAGGGUUUUCAAUCAAAUAAAAAGAAUUCGAUAGUUCUUAGGACGCAGCUGUCUGUCAGAGUUCACACAAUUAUUGAAAAACUGCUGACGUCUGAAGGGCGCGAACUCCGAAGAGCUCUGUUUUCGUUAAAACAAAUUUUCCAAGAGGAUAAAGAUCUCGUACACGAAUUCGUACAAAACGACGGGUUAUCAUGUUUGAUAAAAGUAGGUUCGGAAGCGGAUCAGAAUUACCAGAAUUAUAUAUUGAGAGCUUUAGGUCAAGUUAUGCUUUACGUUGACGGAAUGAACGGCGUUAUGGAACACAACCAAACCAUCCAAUGGCUCUACAGUCUCAUAUCUUCUAAAUUCCGAUUGGUAGUUAAAACAGCGCUGAAACUCCUGCUCGUAUUCGUCGAAUAUACAGAAUCGAAUUGUAUGUUAUUGAUAAAAGCUAUACGUUCAGUUGAUUAUUCGCAAGGUGUUUUUCCCUAUCACAAUAUAAUGAAAUUGUUGAAAGAUUUCGAAUCUGCCGAUACGGAACUUUUGAUCUACGCCAUGACGCUUAUAAACAAAAUCCUCGGUGGAGUCCCCGAUCAAGAUACUUAUUACGAUCAAAGCGACGCGCUCGAAGAACAAGAUUUGGAAUCUGUGAUUCAGAGAUACAUGUCGAAACCAGGUACAGAUUUAGAUCUGUUGCAACAGUUUCAAAUUUACGAAGCGGUACUGCAAUACGAAGACGGCGACGAAACCACCACACCGAUCAGACAUUUAGACGAGAGCUUAAGAAAAACGAUAAGGAAUAGAAAAUCGGUUGUAGAAUCGGCGGAAAGGAGAAAAAGUAGAAGACAUUCCACGGGAAAUACACCAGGAAUGAUUAGGAAUAAUUUGAUACUUCAAACUAAUAGGGAAGAUGAAGAUGACGAAUCGUCGAGUUCCCAGAGCUCUGGGAUAAACAAUACGCAACUCAAUGGUAGCUAUAAGGAUAAUAAUAAAGCUUACGAAGCUGGCGUGACCCCAGCUUUAAAACGUCGCCGAGAAAGAGCCGAAAGACAAAGAAGUUUCAUGAAAGAACAAGAAUCGACGGGAUUCUUCAGGAAUUGUCUUUUACACGAAGGAAAAAACGAAAACGAAAACGGAAAUUACCAAUUUCAACAACGCAUAUCCAACGGGACUUCUAUAAUGCGUAAUUCGAGUAGGAAAGAUUUAACACCUUUAAUGAACGCCGUUAAUAAAUUAGAUUCCGAUGAAAAACAACCGUGGAUUUAUUCCGUGAUCCAAAAUCAAGAAAAAUUAGACGAAAUCGAAAACGGAAACGACAACGAACGAAACGUCUUACUCCAAUUGAAACGCGAAAACACGGUCAAAGAUAUAACGCAAAAAUUAGCGAAUCAAAACAUACUCAACAGUCCUUCGGAAGAAAAAAUAAACAGGAUCGGAGAUAUGUCGGGAUUGAUAUCGAAGGCUAAGGAAGGUCUGGCGAAAAGUAAAUCGAAAAUUGAAAUAAUCAAGAGUCCGACUAACGAAAAUCUCGCUAAAACCGAAGCGAAAAAAUCAGAAAACGAACUUCGUUGGGAGGAAUUAACGGCGAGCCUCAACAGAUCGUUAAAUUUAUGCGAUAUGGAUUUCACCGAUCUGGGUAGCGACGACGAAGUGGAUAUAUUAGCCCCGGUUACUGUAUCCAACGGAAUACCCCCACCGCCCCCUCCUCUUAAAGAUAUAUGCACCGCACCGCCUCCACCUCCUAGGGUAGCGCCACUGGCACCGGCCCCGCCGACGUUCAAUCUCCAAAGGACUUGUAAAACGGCCGAAACGAAAAUACCCAUCAAGAAAAAUAAGAAAACCGUCAAAUUGUUUUGGAAAGAAGUCAGGGAUGAUCCGAUUACGCAUUUGAAAUUGAAAACCGGUUUCAUAUGGGAUGAACUGUCGCCGGUUAAUGUGGAUACUCAAAAACUGGAACACCUUUUCGAGUCUAGGGCGAAGGAUCUUAUCACUAAAAAACAACAAGAAAUGAACAAAAACAAAGAAAUAAUCGUACUGGAUCCGAAACGUUCGAACGCUAUAAACAUCGGCAUGACGAAACUCCCGCCGCCUCGUUCGAUAAAAACCGCCAUAUUAAAAAUGGACGCGACGAUCAUGAACCGCGAAGGCAUCGAAAAACUCCUCACGAUGUUACCGACAGAAGAAGAACGAACCAAAAUCCAAGAAGCUCAAGCCGCUAAUCCGGAAAUUCCUCUAGGUAGCGCCGAACAAUUUCUGCUUACGCUCGCCUCCAUUUCCGAAUUACCGGCCAGAUUGAAACUUUGGGCUUUCAAAUUAGAUUUCGAAAAUUCCGAAAGGGAAAUCGCCGAACCUCUGAUGGAUCUCAAACAGGGUUUCGAAGUAUUGAAGGUGAAUAAAACGUUCAGGGGGAUAUUGAGCACACUAUUAUCCGUCGGGAAUUUCUUGAACGGGAACGAAGUGAAGGGAUUUCAGAUCGAGUACCUCGCCAAAGUACCUGAAGUUAAGGAUACAGUUCAUAAACAUUCUCUGCUGCAUCAUCUUUGUCAUAUCGUUAUGGAGAAAUUUCCGGACGCCACUGAUUUGUAUUCGGAGAUUGGUGCAAUUACCAGGGCUUCCAAAAUCGAUUUCGACGAACUUGCUUUAAAUAUCCAAAGACUCGAAUCGGACUGUAAAGCCUCAUGGGACCACCUGAAAUUAAUUGCUAAACACGACGGAUCCACCAUGAUGAAAGUGAAAAUGUCUGAUUUUUUAUCAGAUUGUGCUGAAAGGAUUAUUCUAUUGGGAAUCGUACACAGACGAAUCAUCAACAGAUUCCACAAGUUUUUACUUUGGUUAGGGAUACCGAUACAUCAAAUUUCCGACACCAAACCAAACGAGUUUUGUAGAAUCGUAUCUGAGUUCGCUUUAGAAUACCGAACGACUCGAGAACGAGUACUUCAGCAACUAGAAAAGAAAGCUAAUCACAGAGAGAGAAACAAGACCAGAGGAAAAAUGAUUACGGACGUUGGUAAAUUUAGGUCGAAAGAAGAUAGAGCCGACGCGGAAUUAAGACAACUAUUAGGUAGCGAUAUGUCGGACGUAGAAAGUCUACAAGGUACUUUACCUUGGAGGAGAACUCGCAAAGACGGCAACAGAUCUUUUUUGAGUCCUGGUAACGGUAAUUUGACUGAUGGAGACGACGAACUUAUCGAAACGUUGGUGAAAACCGCAACCAAAGCUCCUUCGACGAGAACAGCGCCUAGAGAAAGGAAAAGAACCAGGCAUGCCGACAGAAAAUCUCUAAAAAGGUCUAGAACUAGAGAAAAUAACCCGUUUGGUAGCAGAGAUUCUCCUUGAUAUAAUCGACUUUGGUAUGUGGGUGUGACGUUUUUUUUUUUUCAAAAAAAUCUAUAAACUUAAUGCAUCUUUAUAACGUUUCACUAACUUUUUGACGUUGUCUGUAUGUUUACUAAUGUUGUUGUGUUUAUUUGCAUCAUAGUAUACAGAGUGAUUCAUGAGAAUUUUCGAAAUAUAUAAUUUAACUAUUUUCAUAAUAUGUUUCACUUUAUGAAUCACUCUAUACAGGGUGUCCCGCAUACGAACCUUAAAAUGUCAUUUUUUUAUCUAUUAUUAUUCAAAAAGAAAUCUAAUAACCAAAAGUUGAAGUCAACGUGAAAUGUCUGCUUUUCUUAUACGUGACACCCAGUAUAUUUUGAAUUUAGUACUAAAUUAUGAUCGUUCCUAUUAAGAAAUUCUCUUGUUUAGUUCGCAGAACGCUGAAAAACGGUUUAUCCGAAGAAGAGAAAAAUCAUCUGUCAGCUUUCAUUAAAGGAUAUUAAAAAAAAAAUUAAAGAAAUCAGUUGAAAAUCAAAAAGUGCUGUGUCCUAUUGAAAAAUUUUCAUGAAUUCACCAUUGAAACGGGCUAGUUCCACAAUACGAAUCGAAAUUACAGAGAAAAAAUUUCACGAUGGUAGUUCAAAAUUAUAAUUUUGACAGUUUUCUAUAUAUAUCUACAAAACAAACUUUCGUAAAAAUGUCGGGUGGUUUGAGCGUGAUUUAACUUGUCAAUGCUAUUUCGCUCUUGUAGUUUUUCUUCUUUUUUAAUCUUUAGUUUCGUCACUGGUUAAAUAAAUGACGUAAGCGGUGUAAUGGCGUAGUUAAUGUGAAUUACUACCGUUAUAGCUUUUUUUUAAAUAUACAUCAAUAGUUUUUGCGCAAACUGUAUUAUUAUUUAAAACAAUAGUUGUGGAACUAUCUUUACAACAUCUGUUAAUAAGUUGUAAACAUUUUUUUAUACUGAAUUUGUUAUGUGAUACUAUUAUGGCUGCUCACUCAUCUCGUUGUUUUUUUUUACUAUUAUUUAUGUGUACUUAGGUAGAUAUUUUUUUUAGUUUAUUACGAUUUAGCUUCUUAUUUAUUAUUUUUUUAUAAGGGACGAGAAACAGCUGUUAACACUUUUUUUUAAUAACAGAAAGCGUUGCUUCUAGUCUUCAAUUAUCACCUUCAAAACGAGAUUUUACUUUCUGGCUUCGUUAUUUGAAAUGCUUUUUUAUGUGUGGUAGGUAAAUAAGCGUUCAUAAAAAUUAAACAAAAUUGAUCAUAGUUUUUUUUGUUAUUAAUUUAGAAAAUCCAACAAAAUCCAGAAGGUAAAAUCGAUCUGAAUAGAAAAAAUUACUCACUAAUCAGAAAAUUAUUUCAUUAUCCAUGGAUGAUUAUCGUAAUUAUCGCAAGGAUUAUUCAUAACUUCCUUUAUCCUUAUUUUGAUUGUAAGGAGAUUUAAUGGCAUGAAAAAUGUACAGUAAUUAGUAUUUUCGAUAAAAAAACAUCCGCCUCUUUUAUUAUAGGUUCGUUUUUUAUCUUAUUUCUUUUUUUUUAAUGCUGUGUUUUAUGUUAUUUUCGAUUUAGUAUGUACUUGUUCAAAAUGUAUAAUAAAAUCAGUUUUUGUUAAAA